AUGAACCAGCGGAACACUAUUGAUCUAGACCAGGGAUGGGACUUUAUGCAGCAAGGGAUCACAAAGCUGAAGAACAUUUUAGAAGGGCUUCCGGAGCCUCAAUUCAGCUCAGAGGACUAUAUGAUGCUCUAUACGACAAUUUAUAAUAUGUGCACUCAAAAGCCACCACAUGACUAUUCACAACAGUUGUAUGACAAAUACCGCGAGUCUUUUGAAGAAUACAUUACAUCAACGGUACUGCCUUCAUUGAGAGAAAAACAUGAUGAAUUCAUGUUAAGGGAGCUUGUGAAGCGGUGGUCUAACCAUAAAAUUAUGGUCAGAUGGCUUUCACGAUUCUUCCAUUAUCUUGAUCGGUACUUCAUUUCUAGGAGGUCGCUUCCACCACUCAAAGAAGUUGGUCUUACUUGCUUCAGAGACCUGGUAUACCAAGAGUUAAAUGCAAAAGUAAGGGAUGCUGUUAUAUCUCUGAUUGACCAAGAGCGAGAAGGAGAGCAAAUUGAUCGCGCUUUAUUGAAGAAUGUGUUAGAUAUAUUUGUUGAAAUUGGAAUGGGGCAGAUGGAGCAUUAUGAGAACGAUUUCGAAGCAGCACUGCUCAAUGACACUGCAGCUUAUUAUUCACGGAAGGCUUCAAACUGGAUCUUAGAGGAUUCAUGUCCGGAUUAUAUGUUGAAAGCUGAGGAAUGUUUAAAGCGGGAAAAGGACAGGGUUUCUCAUUAUCUCCAUUCAAGUAGUGAAACCAAGUUGCUUGAGAAAGUACAGCAUGAGUUGUUAUCUGUUUAUGCCACCCAACUGCUGGAGAAGGAGCACUCUGGUUGUCAUGCAUUGCUUAGAGACGAUAAGAUAGAAGAUUUGUCAAGAAUGUAUAGGCUCUUCUCCAAAAUACCUCGAGGCUUAGAGCCUGUUGCUAAUAUAUUUAAGCAGCAUGUUACUGCUGAAGGUACAGCGUUGGUUAAACAAGCAGAAGAUGCUGCUAGCAACAAGAAGGCAGAGAAAAGAGAUGUCAUUGGAUUACAGGAACAGCUUUUUGUCAGGAAAGUAAUCGAGCUUCAUGACAAGUUCAUGGCAUAUGUGAAUGAUUGCUUUUUAAAUCACCCACUCUUCCACAAGGCCCUCAAGGAGGCCUUUGAAAUCUUCUGCAACAAGGGCGUUGCUGGGAGUUCUAGUGCAGAACUUCUUGCUACAUUUUGUGAUAAUAUUCUCAAAAAGGGUGGCAGUGAAAAAUUGAGUGAUGAAGCCAUUGAGGAGACUUUGGAGAAGAUUGUAAAGCUGCUUGCAUAUAUUAGCGACAAGGAUCUAUUUGCUGAAUUCUACAGGAAAAAGCUUGCUCGGCGGCUAUUAUUUGACAAGAGUGCCAAUGAUGAGCAUGAGAGAAGUAUCCUGACAAAGUUGAAGCAACAGUGUGGUGGUCAAUUUACAUCAAAAAUGGAGGGAAUGGUCACAGAUUUAACGCUAGCUAGAGAAAAUCAAACCAGCUUUGAAGAGUAUCUUAGCAAUAAUCAAAAUGCAAGUCCCGGGAUUGAUUUGACUGUUACUGUCUUAACUACUGGUUUCUGGCCAAGUUACAAGUCCUUUGAUCUUAAUCUCCCAGCUGAGAUGGUCAAGUGCGUUGAAGUAUUUAGAGAGUUCUACCAGACCAAAACGAAGCACAGAAAAAUUACGUGGAUAUAUUCUUUGGGUACUUGUAAUAUCAACGGAAAAUUUGAACCAAAAACUAUAGAGCUGAUUGUGACAACCUACCAGGCUGCUGCUCUGCUUUUGUUCAAUUCCUCAGAUAGAUUGAGUUAUCAGGAAAUAAUGACCCAGUUGAAUCUAUCAGAUGACGAUGUUGUUAGGCUGCUUCACUCCCUUUCAUGCGCCAAAUAUAAGAUUCUAAAUAAGGAGCCAAACACCAAAACAGUUUCUUCGACCGAUGUUUUUGAAUUCAACUCCAAGUUUACUGAUAAAAUGAGAAGAAUCAAGAUCCCUCUCCCUCCUGUCGAUGAGAAAAAGAAGGUAAUUGAAGAUGUCGACAAGGACAGACGGUAUGCCAUUGAUGCCUCAAUUGUGCGAAUAAUGAAAAGUAGGAAAGUUUUGGGAUAUCAGCAGUUGGUUAUGGAGUGUGUGGAGCAAUUGGGGCGCAUGUUCAAGCCUGAUGUUAAAGCAAUCAAGAAGAGGAUUGAAGAUUUGAUCACUCGGGACUAUUUGGAGAGGGACAAAGACAAUCCUAACUUGUUCAAAUACUUGGCCUGA